UUGCCGUUGAAUGUGGUUCAACAACUUUACCACCGCAAUGAAGAACCACUGUCUAUUUUUCUCAUGCGUGACGGUUUGACAUUAUCGUACUCACCAUGCAUCGGCAUCAGUCCAUCAACAAUCUAGACUGUUGGCUAAAUGUAGUAAAUUCAGGGUUGGUAGGCAUGUCUCCCCUGAUGGACAAACACCUAUCCAGCGCUAUUCGUCGACCUUUCAUGAAUCAAAACGAUAGGCGAAUCAUUAUUAACGUCAGCGGAAGAAAGUUUGAAACUUGGGAAAAGACUUUGCAGAAGUAUCCAGAGACGCUCCUAGGAAGUUUAGACAUUGGCUCGUACUUUGAUCGAGAAAAAUGCGAGUACUUUUUUGACCGCGAUCCGAUUUUCUUUCGGCAUGUCUUAAAUUUCUAUCGUAAGGGAAAGCUGCACUUUUCAUUGGACGAGUGUGGUUACUCGUACAAAGACGAGCUCAAGUUUUUUCGCAUUUCGCAAGACAAUGUUGAGCUAUGUUGCUACGAGGAAAUGGACGACGCGUGCAAGUGGACUUCCGAAAGAGUGUCUAAAACUAAAGAUAAAUCCUGUGAUUGUAGAGCAGCCCGGAAAAAACUCACUCUACGGCAGCGAACUUGGGAUUUUUUUGAAAAUCCCAACGAUACUCAGAUGGGAAAAUUCAUUUUUCUUAUAAUGCUCAUUGCAAUUGCCAUAAGUAUUAUAACAACGGUUAUGGAGACCUUGCCCUGUGAUCUAAACUUAACAUGUCUGCAAGUGUAUCCGCGCGAGUACUUCUACAUAGACGCAGUAUGUGUCUUCAUUUUCACUAUCGAAUAUCUAGUCCGUUUCGCCGUGGCUCCACAACGGUGGCAUUUCAUGAAAAACUUUAUGAGCAUAAUCGACGUAGUUUCCGUGGUUCCUUUUUACGUUAAAGUUUGCAUGCAAAGCGCUGGGGCUCAAGGAGCUGAAAGUCUUGUAAUAUUAAAAGUACUGCGAGUUCUGAGAGUUGUGAAGAUGGCGCGCCAUUCGAAGAGAUUGCAGACACUUGGUGGAUCUAUCAAGAACUCUUCAUCAGAGCUCGGUUUUAUAUUGUUUUCUUUCACACUCGGUGUUAUCAUAUUUGCUACGGUGAUUUAUUACUGCGAGAAGGACGAACCCAACACUAGCUUUCUUAGCAUUCCCGAUGGGAUGUGGUAUGCUAUUGUUACUAUGACAACACUAGGGUAUGGUGACAUGACGCCUGAGACCACGGUGGGCCAGCUAAUGGGAAGUAUUUGUUGUGUUGUUGGGACAUUAGUAAUUGCUCUGCCUGUCCCAAUCUUAGAAAUGAAGAUGAAACUAAUAGGACAAAAGCAAGGACCAGAUGAUGAYAAUGAGGAUGGAAAAGACAGCCAGGGAGGGGAGGGACAGGAUUCUACUUGUAAUGAACAGAAAUGCCCUUGUGAUGCUUGAGUACAAAUGAAUACUGCGAACAUUGCAUAUGAUAACAAGUGUGAAUAAUGUUGGGAAUAAUGUUGGGUAUUGCAUGUCUUUAAUGCAGAAUAAAAAGAGGUAAAAAAUGUGUACUGCUAGUAUAUGUACUGGCUGUUUCUAAUAUAAUGCUAGCAUAACAUCAAAUUAUGUUUUCAUAGUCUAACAAUAAAACAUSAAAUAUAUUACAAAUUAUAAUAACAAUUAAUAAAGUCAAUGACCAUAUAAUUACUAAUCACAACAUAGCUAGGCUGUACUCAUAUGCCCAUUACAAAGUCUAUACUCGAAAUUAAAAAUGUGAAAAAUUAUAAUAAUUAUUGCUAUCAACUACUGUCAUACCUUAAGCUUAAAACAUCAACUAAAAAUUGGCCGACGUAUAAAUAUUUUAAAUCAUUUCAAAUUUCAUCUCUCAGUCUAYGCGUGGCAUCAAAAAUAUUAAGCUUAUCCUUGGUGUGCAAGUGACGUCAUCACCRCCAUGUUGGAUGAAAAUCACAACGCAUUCCUCAUGAGUUUCUCUUGUUCAUUCAUCCAACAUGGCGGCGAUAGCUUUGUUCUAUAUUUCUCAGGGGAUUCCUGGUCAUGUGGUUGCACACCAAGAAUAAGCUUCCAUCAAUGUGUUUAGAAAUCGCUUUAAACUAUAAAUUUAUACCGGUCUAUACUAAUACAAAAUACACAAAUACAAACAAAAAGAGUUUCAAAGCUCAUAAAUACCCAUUAAAAAAGCAAAAUAUAGUUACCUUGCGUUUUCUAGUCGUCAAGUCCAUGGCUGACUGUUGUCGCUCGCGGUCAAAACAUUCGCUGAAGCUUGGCUUAAUUUUCAGCACAUUUUGUCCCCGUGUGGCAAAAUUUCAGCACGUCUAAGUCCAUUGUUAAUUUCGAACUUGAUUUCUAUUCYAUUUUCCUCAAUAUUUCGGAUAAUCUUUACGUGAAAAGUGCAUUUUAGUAGAUGACAAACAGCUCCGACUUCCACCAUUUUGUUGACUUCGAUUUUCCCGCCCUUGUGCUGUUG